AUGGGUUGCUCUAGUUCGAGAACCUUGACAGAAGGGAGAAAGGAAAAGAUUCGAAGGCCAAAGUCAUGGAAACAUCCUCAACCGAUAUCAAGAGCUGAGCUCACACAGAUGAGAGAGGAGUUUUGGGACACAGCUCCUCACUAUGGAGGCAAGAAAGAGGUAUGGGAUGCGUUAAGAGCAGCAGCAGAAGAGGAGGAUUUGUUGCUUGCGCAAACCAUAAUUGAGAGUGCAGGUGUGAUUGUUCAGAACACUGACCUCACCAUUUGUUACGACGAGAAAGGGUCGAAGUAUGAAUUGCCUAAAUACGUUCUCAGGGAUCCUUCAAACUUGAUCAGAACCAAAUAA